GUGUAUGUGAGGCUGAAAGGGAAGGAGGAACAGGGUCUGGGCCGCUGUAAGCUCUGCCGUCAUCUCUAAGAAACGACCAUACCACUGAAUGCUACUGUGUACUUACAAACCACGCUCAUAUUCGUCACGUCAUUUCAUCUUCACCCCCACCUCCAAAUGAGUGCCAGGGUUGACUGGGUUUUGUGGUGAUCCUCGUCUGUACUGAAGAAAGCCUGGCUUGCGCAGAGGUGUUUCCCUGCACAGGGGCUUGGAGAAGCAGAAGUGGCAGUAUCUGAUAUCUUUUACGUCAGAGGCUGCUAACUGGAAGACUUCCCACAUGCCUGUCUUAAAACCCACUUCUAGCUAUUUCUGUUAACUGGCCCUUGCUCUUUAAGUCCUGAAUUUGGUCUGAUUUCCAUUCUCUCGCCACCAUGCCUACCUGCUAUGAUUCUGGAUAAGCUCCAAUCCUCUCUUGGGUUACUUUAUUUGCUCACUCAGGACGGAGGGCUCUGAUCUAGGACCAGCAACUCACACUCUCUCCCCUCACAUCCACAGGCUUGAAAUGAGAUGAGAUGUUCCUCCCUCCCCUUUCAACCAUGGACCUCACACUGUGGCCUUUCUCUUAGAGCCUCUGAGAUUGGUACCCAAGCAAGGCACAAUGUCCCUGCUCCCCAUAAGACUGCCCAGCCCCUAUGGCUCUGAUCGGCUGGUACAGCUAGCAGCCAGGCUCCGGCCAGCACUAUGUGAUACUCUGAUCACCGUAGGGAGCCAGCAGUUCCCCGCCCACAGCCUGGUGCUAGCAGGUGUCAGCCAGCAGCUGGGCCGCAGGGGCCAGUGGGCUCUGGGAGAAGGCAUCAGCCCUUCUACCUUUGCCCAGCUCCUGCACUUUGUGUAUGGGGAGACUGUAGAGCUGCAGCCUGGGGAGCUAAGGCCCCUUGAGGAGGCGGCCAGGGCCUUGGGAGUGCAGUCCCUGGAAGAGGCAUGCUGGAGGGCUCGAGCGGAGAGGGCUAAAGAGCCAGAUGCAGUCCUGAAGAAACAUCAGGAGGAGCCAGAGAAACCCUCAAGGAAUCCUGAGAGAGAACUGGGGGACCCUGGAGAGAAGCAGAAACCAGAGCAGGUUUCUAGAACUGGUGGGAGAGAACAGGAGAUGUUGCACAAGCACUCGCCACCAAGAGGCAGCCCCGAGAUGGCAGGAGCAACACAGGAGGCUCAGCGGGAACAGACCAGGUCAAAGGAGAAACGCCUCCAAGACCCUGUUGGCCAAAGGGGAGCAGAUGGGAAGAAUGGAGCGCUCAUGUGGUUGAGGGAGAAUCCGGGGGGCUCUGAGGAAAGUCUGCGCGAGCUCCCUGGCUCCCUUCCCCCAGCAGGCUCCCUGCAAACCAGCGUCACCCCCAGGCCCUUGUGGGCUGAUGCCCCUUGGUUGGUGGGGGGCCAGCCUGCCCUGUGGAGCAUCCUGCUGAUGCCGCCCGGAUAUGGUAUUCCCUUCUACCAUAGCACUCCCACCACUGGAGCCUGGCAGGAGGUCUGGCGGGACCACAGGAUCCCACUGUCCCUUAAUGCCCCCAAAGGGCUCUGGAGUCAGAACCAGUUGGCCUCCUCCAGCCCCACCCCAGGUUCCCUCCCCAAGGGCCCCGCACAGCUCAGCCCUGGGGAGAUGGAAGAGUCUCAUCAGGGGCACACAGGUGCACUUGCAACCUGUGCGGGUCAUGAGGACAAGGCAGGCUGCCCACCUCGCGCGCACCCUCCCCCGGCCCCUCCUGCUCGGUCUCGGCCCUAUGCGUGCUCUGUCUGUGGAAAGAGGUUUUCACUCAAGCAUCAGAUGGAGACGCACUACCGAGUCCACACAGGAGAGAAGCCCUUCUCCUGUAGCCUUUGUCCUCAGCGCUCCCGGGACUUCUCGGCCAUGACCAAGCAUCUGCGGACUCACGGGGCCGCUCCGUACCGCUGCCCCCUGUGCGGGGCCGGCUGUCCCAGCGUGGCCUCCAUGCAGGCGCACAUGCGCGGUCACUCGCCCAGCCAACUCCCGCCAGGAUGGACCAUCCGCUCCACCUUCCUCUACUCCUCCUCGAGGCCGUCUCGGCCCUCGACCUCUCCCUGUUGUCCUUCUUCCUCCACCACCUGACGGGGUGUCGGUAGCGUCUUAGUCAAGAGUCCAAUUAAAGAACGAAAAGCGGGCCGGCUCGGCUUCUGACCUGGCACCGCUGCUACGGCGGCCUAGCAAAUUCUGCCCCAGAAAGGGCACCGAGUGCCCUCUCCUGGACGAUCGCGGGUCGCAGAAGCCCAGGCCAGCGAGCCCUACUGGGUGAGGACACUGAAGUGUGCAGAAGCGAAGGUUAACAGUAGUGGGGGGGGAUUGUCGAUCUCAUCACCAUAAUAAAGAGUUUCCUGUGCUCUCCCU